AUGUCUCAAGACCCCCACCAUCAAAUGCUCGAUACGCCUGAUGGCUCAGCAUUGACGUGGAUCUUUGACCAUUGCUUGCGCUACUCGGACAGUUAUGAUAUCUCGCUCCGUGCGGCAUAUGAAUUGAACUGCCAGUCCACCAAAAAUAUGGCCUCCUCGGGUGCUUCCACAAGCAGUCAUUCUCGUUCCCCCUCGGUCUUCUCGCGCAACUCCACCCUCUCGAAGAAUUCCAGCUCAUCUCGUACCUCCUCCGGUUCAUCCUAUGAGACCAAUCCUUGGGAUACCAACGCCGAAUUCCGUGCCUGUUUGACCCGAACUGUGUCCGAGAUGCCUUCCCAGCCGUGCGCCCUCCCCCCGACCUUUAUAGCUUCUUUUGUUCGCCGCGUUUUCACUAAAGAGCUGCGCUAUGUCACCUUCUCUCAGGCCUUGUGUUCUCUGGAUUAUCUGAAGGGCCUUCAGGGUCGCUGGAAGAAGGAAGUCGAUGGUGCCUUCCGCCGAAUCAAUGUGAACCCGCAGGAUGUCAUCGAUCCUCAGAACUCGGAGGUCACUCGCAACUUUCCGGGCGUCAUGGUCUGGUAUAAGGAUAUCAGCCAAAAGGCUCGUGUGAUUGAUAUGCUGUAUACCCAAGUUUACGUUGGCUUGCGCCGCUGGAUUAUCCUCAACGAGAUGAUGCUUACGCCUUACAACAAAGCCAACUGCAUUGCUCUUCUCAACACACUGUUCCCCCCUGUCCGCUACGACUCUCUUCCUCCAACUCAGCACUUGAGCCACAAGCACCUGGAGAACCACCGCGAGUCGUUUUUCAAGUUUAUCACCUUAUUUGAUACCAAGCCCGAGAUCCUGGAGCCAGUUAUGACUCAGGGCGCCCGGCCCGGCGAUGCGACCUCCUGGCCUGCUCUCCGCGAUGCUUUCGACCGCUACGUGGGGAUGGUCAUGGAGAUGAUCGACGAGUGUGCGCUGGUCAACGAACCCGCUCAGCUCACAAAGUCUGGCCACUCCCGCCGCACCGACUCGGGUAUCAGCUUUGAACCUCAACCUACCUUGUGCCUCGCUACACUGUCCCGCUCUCCCCCGUCUCGACCCACGACCUCUCAUUCGUCGGGUCAAGCCUCGGAUAUCGAGAAGCCCCUUCCCGAAUUCCCCGCUCCCACCGAUGGCGCCAGCAAGCAUGGCUCCAUCCUGGAGCGACUCGCCUUCUCUGUCUCAACAUGGGGCAAGAAGGACGGUAAGAAGGCGCGCAGCUUGAGAAAAAUGCAAUCUUGCAAGGAGCUCAAGGACAGCUCAGAAAAGCACAACGUUCCCGACUUUUCCAAGAUGAAGUUCGACCUGACCGAUGAGAAGCGCCGUCGUUUGAUUGACGAGGCCCUGGCCCGCAAGGCUACCGAGGCGAAGGCUGCCGAAACGCGGCCUAUCGGCCUGGCCAUUUAA